AAAGAUAUCCUCCCUCGUCUUCUCCGGUUCUCUCUACGCGCGCGCCCUCUGUGUCGAUGGAAUCGCAUUAGACAAAAAAGUCUCUGCCGCUCUCUGUUCUUUGAUCGCUGCUAUUUUACGCCGAUGGAGAACUACUAUGCGGCGUCUUACCCGGACUCCGGAGAGUCGUCGCCGCGCUCGCGCGAAAUCGACUUCGAGAACACGCCGCCGUGGGAGGACCAAGCGGCGGCAGCGAACGCCAACUACAGAGUCAAGUUGAUGUGCAGCUACGGCGGCAAAGUUCACCCCAGGCCUCAUGACAACCAGUUGUCGUACAUCGGUGGCGAGACUAAGAUAUUGGCCGUCGACCGCCACAUCAAGUUCGCCGGGCUCAUCGGGAAGCUCUCCGCCCUCUGCGACGCCGACGUCUGCUUCAAGUACCAGCUGCCAGGUGAAGAUCUCGACGCGCUGAUUUCGGUGACGAAUGAUGAUGAUCUUGAGCAUAUGAUGCACGAGUACGAUCGGUCGUCUCGCGCAUCGUCGAAGCCGGCGAGGCUUAGGUUGUUUCUGUUCCCUGUAAAUCAGACGGGACCGGAGAGUUUUGGUUCGACUGAGGAGAAAAGUGAUAGGGACAAGUUCGUGGAAGCGUUGAAUUCUGCUCCGAUUCAGUCGUCUCCGGUGCCUUCGACUGUGGCGCCCCCGGGCAAUGUAGACUUUUUGUUCGGCCUUGAUAAAGGAAUACCGCCGCAGCCGACGGUGUCGACUAAAGUACAUGAUCUGGCUUCAGACCGGGGAAUACCGUCUGAGGACCGCGUGAUGGCGGCGGAUCCAAUCCAGCAGAGGCAGAUCCAGGAUUUUCAGAGAAUGCAGAUUGGAGGUCAAGAGCAAGCUAUGUAUCCUAGGAAAAGUGACGAUAACUUAUCCGGUGGAUUCCCCGGCGAUUACUACGUACACAAGUUACCGGAAAAAGUACCGCCGCAGACAAUACAGAUGUCUUCUCCACCGGGAUAUUGGCCGGAGAAGCACGUCGCCGGCGGAGUCUAUCCUGUUUCGGCUCCAGUACAGGAACAACAACAGGUUUACAUGAUUCAAGCUCCUACUGGCAUGUAUCACGCGCCGAUGACAAGACAGGUGACCGGUCCACCCGGUCAAGGCUACUACGCCGUCCAGAGAAUGCCGCCGGAGGUUUACCGGGACCAGCCUUCAGUAUACAACGUUCAACAACCACCAACUGCGGCAACGGCGGUGGCAUCAUCUACGCUGCCCCCUCAACCGCUGCCAAAGGUAGGCGGAUUUUCCGAAGGAAUUGGCAUGGCAGGGUACACGGCGAUGGCGUACGACAGUGGAGCCGGGAGGCAGGUGUACUACACGGCCCAGGGAGGGGCGAUGGCGACGGCACCGGCGUCGUAUCAGGGAAUUCCCACGGCGGUGAGCGUCGAGGGGAGAUCCGCCGGAGCCCAGACUGUCGACGGAAAAGUCACCGUGAAACCUCCACAAGGCUCCAUGUGAUUAAUUUUACCUACUUUAGAUCAGAUAAUAUUAACUAAUAAUCUGCGUAAUAAGUAUUUUGCAUGCUUUGUUCCUCUACUUAUCACUAUUAUGCUUUGGACGAGUUUCGCAUUUGUAUAUGAUAUGAUUGUGGAAAUUGUACCCCCCCGAGUUUAAUUACCAUCUACUACUUCUUCUUCAUGAA